AUGUCUGAGGCCCCGGCUCAGAUCAUAGCCAUCCUCUACGUCAUUGAAUCCUCCCUCACUCUCGCGACGGAAUGGCCUCAGGUUCAGGCGGAGUAUCUUGUCCCGCUCUUGCACAGACUAGGCGAGCUGCAUUCGACUACGCUUUUUAGGCUCGCGUUCGUGAGCUAUGGGACCGCGGAUACUAUGCCUACGCCGGUCCUGCACAAGACCUUCUUCAGCAACCCAACACCUAUGAUGAACCAGAUGCGCGAGGAGCCACAUAAGCUGGGCAUAGGCAGUACGGGCUCUGGCGACGGCUAUGGCAUGGCGGCGUUGGAGGGUAUGGUGGCCGCAUUGGAGCUAUUCGAUACCCUGAAGUCCUCGAUCGAGCCCUUAGCGUGCCAUAUCAUUCAUUUGGCGGCUACACACCCUGAUCCUGCCGAACGACCACUAUGGAACGUCUCACCAACGUUAGACUCCGUCACCUGGGACACAUUGCCAGCUGAAAUCAAGAAGCGCGGGGUCCACUACAGCAAUAUAUUGCUCCGUCCCAUACCGCGCCUAACGCAAGUGCAAGCUGCGACCGUUGUGGGACCCGCACAUGGUGCAUGGUUCCCGAUUCGCUCACCACACGCCGUCAAUCUUGGGGGCUUUCCGCAGAAAGGUACCAAACGCACAGGAAGCGCUGAUAGGAGCCCGGAGAUCGCCAAGCGGGCGAAGAUGCUCCUCUCCUCACCUGUCAAGUCCCCUGCCGCUGCCUCGCCUGUCCCUCAUUCGUCCCCUCCACAGCCACCACCGCCCGCCACCAAAACACCAUCAAUCGCCCCCGCCGCCCCGCCCGCCGCUCCGUCUGUACCUACCGCUCCUGCUCCCGCUCCUGCAGCCCCUGUCGUGUUCCAUCCGCUCCCGCCUAUACUCGUUGAGCGCUAUCGCCAGAUAGAACUUGUACUACGCGGUCAAGCCAUGAGGGCGCAAAAGUUCGAACAAGAAGGCAAUCUGCAGACUGCAAACCAGAUGCGUAUAGAAGUCACGAAGCGGAUUGCAUGGUUCAAGGAGCAGAAGGAAAAACAUAUGAGGGACCCGGUGUUGGCAGCCGCUGCUGCCGCGCAGGCGGAGGAAGCCGCGGCGAAAGCCGCCGCCGCAAGGGCCGGUGCUGCGCCAGCUGCGAAUGCGCCCCCGGGGCAGACCGCAACCGACCUGGCGGCGAAGAUUGCCCACGGACAGCCGGGCCCGCCUCCUGCCGCCGCUGCGGGCGGACAGAACGCUUCUCAGCAGUCCACGGGCCCGCCUCCCGGUAUACAGAUCCCGCCGAACAUGACACCAGAAGUAGCCGCGCAGAUGCAGAAACUGAUCCAGCAGACGAACCGACCGGGGCAUCCCAAUAUGCCCCCUCAGCUUCCGCUCCAGCCUCAACAGACCCAGCCCCAAGCGCCAGCGCCAGCGUCGCAGCCGCCACAGCAGCAGCCUACGCCUGGCCCUGGCCAAAUGCCACCAGGGUCGUGGCAGGGGAUGCUUUCCUGGAGAGGGACGGACUCGGAGACGCAUAUCAGGAAAGACGUGCAGGCACGAGUGAUAAUACACGGCCAAAGACCGGACGCUAUGCGUCUGGAGACAUGGCCUGCUAUGUUAUCGCUCGCACCCUCGCAGCAUCAUGCGGUCCCCCCUCAAGUGCUUCAACCCUGGCUGUUGCGACACAAUUGUGUCCCACUGGCGGUAGUCUCGAGUCCAAAGGUGCCAGACCCCAAGGGUAACCAGGAGCACUUCAGCGCGCUCGUCCGCCUCCUCUCGGAGAAAAAUCUGUACGCACUCGCUGCAUGGAGUGGUCCAGACGGUGUCCAGGAAAACCGCGUGCUCAUCUUCGUGAUGAAAACUAACCACCUCGCGGGUGCAUACUUCCCGAUGGCCGGCGGCAUUCCCGAGCUGCCGAAGCCAGAGGUUGCGGUCGCGGGGCUACCGCCCAGCCUACCUCCACAGGUCGUGAACAUCCUGUCGAGCCUGAAUCCAAAGGAGCAGGCGAUGUUCGCGUCACUCACCGCCGACAAGAAGAUGGCCUGGCUCAAGUCGGCGGUGCAGCAGCGCGCCGCCGCGGCAAAGAUGCAGCAGCAGGCCCAGCAGCAACAGCAGCAACAACAGCAACAGCAGCAGCAGCAGCAGCAGCAGCAGCAGCAGCAGCAACAGAUGCAGCAAAUGCAGGCCGGGCCUUCGCAGAUGCAAGGCUCGUCGCUGCCCCCCUCGCAGCUGCCCAUGAACGUCACCCCAGGCGCCCUCAACCCAUGGCUGCCAAACAACGGGCCGAACAUCCCCGCGAUCCUCAGCAAGUUCGCGCCGGGCGGCGGGAAUGGGCCCAUGGGCAUGCCGAAUUCGACGCCGAGCCCGGCGCAGCAGCAGAACGCGAUGAUGAACCUCGCGGCGGGCAUGAACUUUGGCACGAUGGGCGGAAUGGGCGGGAUGGGCCAGAUGCAGCCGGGCGCGCAGGGGAUGCACAGGCGCACACCGAGCGGGGGUGCGGGGCCGGGCGCGGGGCAGGCGCCGCUGACGCGGGAGAUGAUGCAGUCGUUCAUGCAGAGGAACCAGGAGGGCGGGUCUAAUGGCGGUAUGGGUGGGAUGUAG